AUGACAUUAUAUGGUAUGGGCGCAUUGCGAAACGACUUCGUAAAUUUUACUCCCGGCUAUCCAUCUAUCCGGUCAAUGGAAGAUAUUGAAAAAGAAAUUUCUAAAUUCAUUAAAUAUUCCGGUAUUUUCGGAAACUCUACAGCGUAUGAUGAUACUUCGGAAUGUGCUUCCGGAUGUUUUGCAGCAAAUCCUGGAGCCGUUCCAGAUUGCGUUGUAGUAGAUUGGACAAAAGCACCGAACAGCUAUAUUUUCACAGGGAAAGAUAAAAACGGCAGCGAAGUUGACGGUCUUUACAUUCCUGUAAAAAAAGCCUAUGAAAUGUGGUCUAAGGGUGGUGAGUUCAUGAAAGAUGAUAAUGGAAAUUACACUCCUAUCCCAUCAGGAACAGCUAAAGCAGGAUUAUAUUGGGAAGACGAGCCAGGACUAAUUAAAUCUGUAGCUUUAGAAGGAACAGGUGAAAAUGCUAAGAUUAAAGUUUUAGUUAAUAAACUUGAAGAAGGAAACGCAGUAGUUUCAUAUAGAGUAAACGAUAAAAUUUAUUGGACAUGGCAUGUUUGGAUAACAGAUGACCCAACUAUAAACGGAAGCACCUAUCAUCAUGGUUUCGAAGAAGAUAAAAAUGGACUCCCUGUGACAGAUUGGAAAUGGAUGGACAGAAACCUUGGGGCAACAAGCGCGAACUUCCUGGGUAACGAUUGGCAUAAAUCUCAGGGAUUACAAUAUCAAUGGGGAAGAAAAGACCCUUUUCCUGCUCUUAUGCACAAAGAUGGCACCAUGUAUGAAAUUUCAGGAGAAGUUGGAAACAUAAGAAAUGUAGCAGCCGUUUAUACCACAGGAUCUACUUCCGCAUUGCCUGUAAAAUAUAGAGGAAACUUAUAUCCGCAAGACAAUACAGGAUUUGAUACGCCAAAUGGAAAUAUUCGUUAUUCUGUUCAAAAUCCAAUUCACAUGAUCAUUCCGCCGCUUUAUGUUAAAAAAUAUAAUGAGACGGUGAAUAAUAAUGAAGAAGAUAUGUUUGUUCAAAACAGUGCCAAUACAUGGUAUCAUCAAAGACGUACAACAUGGUUCUCUAAACAGAAAUAUAGAAAUGAAUUCAGCACAGAUGCUUCAAAAAAUGUUGCCUGGGAUCUUUGGGGAGAUACACGGGGAGGCAAAAUAAGUGACUUAAAUAACCCUGCGCUAGCAAAAGAAAGUAAGCGUUACGCAAUGAAAUCACAUUAUGACCCUUGUCCGUGCAACUGGAGAACUCCAUCAUAUUAUGACAAUAUCGGCAGCCCUUAUAAUGACAAUAAUGCUUCCCCUUGGGGAAGAAUCGGCGGGGCUAAUGAUGUAGAUACUUUCACAUCUAAUCCGGCAACUUCAAGUACUAGAUUCCCAGGAAUAAAGAUAUAUCCUGGAUUGGGUUACGACUUCACAGGAGUUUCUGGCCGUAACUUAGGGCUGAUUCCAAUCAAUGGAAACUAUGAAUAUUAUCCUAAUUAUGUAACUAUUAACCGCGUAACAACAUCCGGAUUAGUUACACCUAAGAUCGUAUAUCAGGACGGUUCAUCAGACGGCGCAUUGGGCUCAUCUACAUUCUCAGUGGGAGCAUCCGGAGGCGGGCCCUGGUAUGGACCAAGAGGGUUUGGAUAUAUUUCAGAUCCUGGGAACGUAAAAGAAACAGCAAAUAAUUUCGGAUGGUACACAAUGAAUUCCCUUUCUCAUGACGGCAAUACUCAUGAAACAGCUGGAAUAAGAUGUAUUAAGGAUCCUAAUAACGAUUAUAUGCCUGCUGUUUUUGAAACGGAAUUCAUCAGCACACCAAAUGAAGAAUAUCCAUUAGCAACUUUGAAAAACUGGGCAAAAGAUCCGAACAGCUAUGUGGAAUAUACUAAUAGCUCAGUGACAACAGCAAGUCCGACAGAUAAAGACCGCAUUGUUGAUAUUCCUUUACGUAAAGCGUAUGCAAUAUAUAAAUUACAUCUAAGUACAACAGAGGAAUAUCCUCAAGGAAAUAUUAAAUCAAGCUCUGUAGUAUGGACUACCAAUAUAGGUCUGAUACAAAAUAUGGAGAUCAUAGAUGGAAAUAAAGAAACAGCUAAACUUAGAACUACUUUAAAUGAAAAUCAAUUUGGUAAUGCUCUUGUCGCUUUCCAUUUAGGAAACUCCGGUCAGUGGGCAAACGGCAAAAUGCAAGAUCCUAUUAUUUGGAGCUGGCAUAUCUGGGCUCCUGAAACAGUUGUAGGAUCACUAGAUUACGAAACUGAAACUUCAGCAAACGGAGGCAUUGUAGAUAUUGCCAAUUCAGCAUUUGUAAAUCCUGUGAAAAGUAUUGGAGUUCCGUUGAAAACCACCUUUAUGGAUAGAGAUCUGGGAGCUUUAAUGAUAUUCCCAGAAGAGGCUACAAGCGGUGGUGCAUCAUCAAUCUAUAGCUAUGUUCCUCAGAUCAGUAAAAGUGGAGGCCUGCAUUUCCAAUGGGGAAGAAAGGAUCCUCUGCCUGUUUUCUUCAAUGCUGGUGGCCAUUAUUAUUUUGGAACAGCAGUAGGCAGCCAAGGAAGCAUUUAUCAAAACUUGAACAGAUAUACAAUCCGCAUGCAAAGCGGGCCGAUCAGUAAUGGGAUAAUUCCUUAUUCAGGAGUUAUUGACAACACUAAUUAUAUGGCCAAUUACUCUAAAGAAUUUUCAACUGAUUAUUCUUCAGUGUUUUCAUCUACAGAUUCUAAGAAGAAUAAAAUUAAGAAAGUAUUGAUGUAUUCUGUAAACAAUCCGCUAUACUUCUUAUACCAAAAUUCUUCUACGGAAACAAACCAGUUUAAAAAAGUACGAGAUUGGGUAUCUGAUGAAAAUGGCCAGUUUACAGACAGAUGGGGACACGGUACAGAAAAAUCACCUUUUGACCCAUGUCCUGAAGGAUGGAGAAUUCCUGAUGCUUUCUAUGCAGACACGCACUCUACACUGCCUCAGUUAAGCAAUUUCUAUUCUUACUGGCCAUUAUCUCACGGUAAGAAUCCUUGGUAUUAUAAUGGUUAUCAGGCUUCCGGUACAGGACAAUACGGAUUAGCACCUUCAAGUGUACAUCACGUUAAAAGAGAUGCUUAUUCACCUGCAAACAAAUUCUAUCCGGGAAGCAGAUCUAUAAUUCAUAACUAUCCUGCCACCAGAUUUGGGUUUGUUUUCAACGAUAACAGAUAUAAAAUUGGCAGUUAUCCAAAUAAUGGGAUUCGAGGCUUUGAAGGAGGAAAAGAUCUAACCAUGACUACAGCUGACGGGCCUCUUAGAUUAAGAUUUAGUAUCUCGGGAGUUUGGACAGCUUCACCUACUGACGUGUAUUCAGGUACAGCUAUUGGACUGCAUUUCAAUAUAGAAUCCUCGGCCGAGUUCAAUAUGCAGACAGGAUAUCCUUAUUAUCCACAAGCAGCAAUGUCUUGCCGUUGUGCAAAAAUCAAGUACGAUGGCAACAGAAAUGAAAUUGGAAGAUAUGAACCUGCCGCUAUCGAAGUUCCGAAGAGCCCUAUGGCAAAAGCCGUAAAUGUUUUCGAAAACAGAUCGAUCUAUUUAUCUUAA